CUAAAGCCAAGCUAAGCGCCGUUAAAACCCAAAAGAAGAAGAAAAAAGGUCCCGCCCAUCAAGACGCAAGAAAACGACGUCACGAAAGUAAACAACAGCAUGUCGCACAGACAGACUCAAUCAAGAGAAAUGAACGGUCGAGCGGACGUCGAAGUUGACUACAAGCGGAAAUACAAAAAUCUCAAACGAAAAUUAAAAUUUCUUGUUUAUGAACAGGAAUGCUUUCAGGAGGAGCUGAGGAGAGCACAGAGAAAACUUCUCAAAGUUUCCAGGGACAAAAGCUUCCUUCUGGACAGACUGCUGCAGUAUGAGAGGGUAGAUGAAGACUCCUCAGAUUCAGAUGCAACAGUUUCUUCAGAAAAUAGUGAAGGAGAAGGCCCCAGGGAGAGGGAAAGAGAACGAGAUGGAGCAAAGAAGCGAAGAAGUAGUCCUGGGGCGUGUCUUCCUUCAUCAUCCUCCCCUCAUCUCUCCCUGCUGUCCCGUCCUGGUGUAAAUGCCCUACAGCCAUCAGGCUCUGGACCCUACCUGAACACCGUUGUUGCCCCAAUGGCAGCUAAUUACCCAUCAGCCCCUGCGGCCCCUCCAGCAGCCAGUGGCCCCUUCAGCUGGGUUCCCAGACAGAUGCUUAGCGGAGAUGCAGCUGAGGAGGAGGGAGAGAGCGAUGGUGACAGCGACAGAGGAGAUGAAGACAGAGGGGAGGGAGAUGAGGCUGAACUGGUCAUUGACAUACCUAAUGAGUGAGCCGGAAUGUGUGUUUUAGAUGUAUUUAUAAGCAAGGGAUUGUGUGUGUGUGUGUGUGUGUGUGUGUGUGUGUGUGUGUGUGUGUGUGUGUGUGUGUGUGUGUGUGUGUGUGUGUGUGUGUGUGUGUGUGUGUGUGUGUGUGUGUGUGUGUGUGUGUGUGUGUGUGUGUGUGUGUGUGUGUGUGUGUGUGUGUGUGUGUGUGUGUGUGUGUGUGUGUGUGUGUGUGUGAACUGUGCGUUCCUUAUCUGUAGCCCAUUACACAGUGUCAAUUAAUUGGAGUGCCAAGCUCCCCCCUGUGGACUUUUGCUUAAUUGCAGUAUCACUGUCAAAACUAUCUCUCAGAUAAAUGUGGUUUUCCAAUAUUAUGCUAAAAAUAAAUCUGUUAUAAAAUUACAGUUUGUAAACCUGUUUUGACCUGCCUGCUAAUUAUUUUUAGUCUUACAGUCUAGCAAUCGACAAACUGUGACUACAACUCGGUAUGUCCUGCACAAAGAGAGCUUUUGUCUGUUAUUUGUUUACUGCAGUCCAUUAAAGCUGUUUAAGUACGAUAUAGAUGUUUCAAAUGUCAUGUCUUUAUUGCUUUUUACAGGAAGUUUUUUAAUUUGUACUUCUAUGUUAAUGUUUUUUCAAACAAAUUGUCAAAAAUCAAAGCUACUUCAUGUUAAAUGAGAUUUAUUAUUACUGCACCUAUCAAAUUGUGUGUCAGAGAAUAAAAUAUAAAAUGUUAUCAUUUCAGAUGACUUUAGAGAAUAAAAGUUUGUGUUUGACGUUAAA